AUGGCACCAGAUCUUGCGAGAGCAAUUGUUUGUCGACCUCCACAAGAUGGACGUCGGCAAUGGAAGCUGGAAGAUAUUGAGGUCUAUACUCCGGCUGAGGGCGAAGUCCUUGUGAAAAUCAUAGCUAGUGGUGUUUGUCACACCGACCUGGGAUGUGGCUCCUUUCCAGAUGGAGUUGGCUUUCCAGUCCCUCCUUAUCCCCGGGUACUUGGGCACGAAGGUGCAGGAUAUGUGACUCGGGUUGGAAGGGGUGUCACAAAGGUCAAGCCGGGUGAUUCAGUCCUUCUUUCCUUUGCAUAUUGCGGUGAAUGCCACAAUUGUAGAAAUGGAGCACCUGGAUACUGCGCCGAGUUCACCCCGCUCAAUUUCUGUGGGAAUCCCAAGGCCUUUGGCGCUCCCAACUCAAAAGAAAGCCAUGGGAUCGGAGGCUCUUUCUUCGGCCAGUCAAGUUUCUCAAAUCUGACAAGAGUUCAGGAGGCUUCGGUCGUCAGAGUGACAGAUUUGGUCAAAAAUGAGGACGACCUGAAACUGUUCGCGCCGUUAGGUUGUGGAAUUCAAGUCAGAGCGGGAACAAUCACAGAGCUCGGUCUGGCCAGGGCGUCGGAUAAGGUAGCAAUUAUCGGCCUUGGUGGAGCUGCAAGACACCGAGGAUGUCGCACAAUCAUAGGAAUUGAUCGUGUCGAAGCGCGACUCGAUCUUGCCCGAUCACUCGGUGCGACGCACACCAUCAAUACAUCAACAGUUGGGGAGGGACUCGAAAAGGCUGUUCGCGACAUCACUGAUGGCAGUGGGAGCACAAUCACAGUUGAUGCCACAGGUGUUGUUGCGUUGAUCCAACAAGGAAUUGAGUUCACUGCCAAUCAAGGUAAAAUGAUCCUUCUUGGAGUCGCUCCUAUGGAUGCAGCGCUUCAGGUGGCUUUGGUUUCCUUCAUGGUGACUGGGAAACAACUUCUUGGAAGUAUGGAAGGCGGAGUUCGGCCUGCGGAUUAUGUUCCUCGAAUGAUCCAAUGGUAUCGCCAUGGCGACUUUCCAAUCGAUAAAUUGAUCAAAUAUUACAAGGUUGAGGAGUUUGAGCAGGCAAUCCAUGACAUGGAAGAGGGUACGACCGUGAAGCCGAUAUUGCUGUGGUGA